AUGUAAUCCACCAUGCCUUGGCUCCGACUUCUCCCAUUACUUAAGUUUCCGUGCUGCCUCAGCUCCCCCAUCUCCAGUGAAGCGUUGGUGCGUGUGCCAGCAUAUGGUCAGUGCCACACAAAGGAGAGCGGGAGGCCAUGAGUGGUGCGCCUCCACCCGUCUUUCAUUACCUUUCUAUCUCGCUGGCUCUGACCCCCUCUUCCUCCUCCUCCUCCUCCUCCUCCUCCUCUCUCCCCAGCAGCCAUGCUGGCCAGCUGGCUGCCACUCGGGUGUCACUUUCCUGGCUCGGGUGGAGGCAAUGAGUGCAUGAGUUUUUGGUUAUUGUAUGAGAGUUGAGCAUGAGAGGAGAUGGUGACCUGCUGGGAUCCAGAGAGCUCCAGGGAGCCUGCUCUGUGUGCCCACUCAUAGCAGCCUGGGAUGGUGCUUCAUCGGGCCAUCCAGGCGGCUCGAGCCGGGGAUCUUGCAACCCUGAGGGAGCUUGCAUCCUCUGGUCACCUCGAGCUUCCCAUCACUGAUGCUCAGGGUGCUGGCCCGGUGCACCACGCAGCGAGAUGUGGACGCCUGGAGUGCCUGCAGUUCCUGGUGACCGAGCUGGGGCUGGCAGCUGACGCACGGGCCUCAAACGGGGCCACACCAGCGCACGAUGCAGCAGCUACCGGCCACAUCCGGGAGCUGCAGUGGCUGGCAGACGAAGGAGGCUGCAACAUCGAGGACAGGGACGCCGCCGGUGCCACUGCGCUCCACCUGGCAGCUCGGUUCGGCUGUGUGGAAGUCGUCAGGUGGCUGCUCUCCGUUGGCGGAGGGGCCCAGGUGGAGACCAACUGUCGAGCUGUACCUGCUCAUUACUCUGCAGCCAGUGGAGACCUCACCUGUUUAAAACUUCUCAUUCAGCAGGCACCAGGGUGUGUGAACCACCAGACGGUCCUCGGUGCCACCCCGCUCUAUCUGGCCUGCCAGGAAGGGCACCUGCACGUUGUGGAGUACCUCGUGAAUGACUGUGGUGCUGACGUCCACCUUCGGGCCCACGACGGCAUGACCUGCCUGCAUGCUGCUGCUCACAUGGGCCACCAAGCUGUCGUGUUGUGGCUGGUGACGUGCACUGAUGUCAGCCUGUCCUGCCAGGACAGAGAUGGAGCGACUGCUCUGCACUUUGCUGCCAGCAGAGGGCACUAUUGUAUCUUGGAGCGGCUGCUGCACAUGGGUUCAAAGGUCAUCAAGGAUUUCUGGGGAGGCACCCCGCUGCAUGAUGCUGCAGAGAACGGAGAGCUGGAGUGCUGCAAACUCCUGCUGGCCAAUCAGGCGAAUCCUGCAGACCAAGAUAUUGACGGGCUCACGGCAGCAGACUUGGCAGAGUACAACGGACACCAUGAAUGUGCCAGAUAUCUUUAUGCCAUGGAGAGAAACACAGCCUGUGCGGAUAAGCCCAUCGAGGUGACAGCUCCAGUGGAGGAGGGAGUGAAGGUGAAGCCGGCUGUGUCGUUGCAGCGCAGCAGGGAGGAUUACUACGGCAGCCUGAGUGACACAUGCAGGGACAGUUACAGCAGUGACACACCCAUGGAUAGUCUAAAGCAACCUGAGAGUGAGGAGUCCCCGCAGGCGAGAUACCCUGCACCUCCUUUACCGUCUGCUCCAUCCGACCCCGCCCAGCCGGAGAAAACAACUGUCAGCAGGAUAGAGCAGGUUCAAAUCGCAGCAUCCGUUAUCAGAGGUUUCAAUCAGACCAAAGCCCCUGCAAGUGAGAUAACCGUCUCCGAUGAUAAGACGACGGAGCCUGAUUCAAACUUCCUGGGCGGGAGGAAACUUCUCGGCAACAUGAAGUCCAUUCAGUCCCUCAAACAGUCCGGGCUGUCCGGCGUCUUCACCGGACAAGCAAACAAGAUGGUGGUCCUGCCCACCGAGGAGGCCAACCUGUCGGACAUCGACUACCUGGUGCCCACUCACGACGAGAGAGGCCGUCCCAUCGCUGAGUGGAAGAGGCAAGUCAUGGUGAGACAGCUGCAGGCCAGGCUGCUCGACGAGGAGGCUCAGAGGAGGAAGGAAAAUGGGAACAGAUAUGCCAAAGUCAGCUGGAGGUACUCCCAAGCCCACAAUGCCAUCCUGGGGCCCUCCGGUGAGCUGCUGGCUGAGGAUGACCUCAUCUAUCUGGAGCAGCAGAUUGCCAACGUCUCCAUGCAGAGGAACUGUGAGGGCUACGAGCUGGAGCUGGCUCGUCUGGCUGAGGAGCUCAGGCACAUCCUGCCAGCGCCGAUCGUGAACAUCACCGUCAACACGCAGUUCAGAAACUUCUCAAGUCAAGUUCCUCUGCCCGUGUGGUGCGGUCGCAUCUCGGGCAUCGUAAAGAGCAUGUCUCUGCUCAUGACCAACCUGACCGACCAGCCCUACUGCAAGAUGCCCAACACCGAGCUGAUCACUGUGUUCUCUCAGACGCCAGACAGGCAGAACUCCACCAGGGGACGCAGGGAGAGUAUAGAGGAUGAAAUCCACCAGUUCGGAGUGUCUGUAAGGACUCUGAAGUCUAAUUUUGAGACACAGAACUCACCUUUGUCAGAUGAGCCUGAGGAGGCCGUCCUGUUGAGUUCCUCCACACCGCUCGAGGCCACAGAGUUGGACAAACAGCCCAAAGCGUCGACUCGGUCCCCAGAAACAGAUCAGAACAGUGACUCGGGCAUUGACUAUGAUGAAAAUGUUCCCAACAUUCUCGAGACCACCAGCCUCAGGAAGGAGCGUAUAGUCGUGCUCUUCUUGGGUCACUGGAAGAAAUCUGCCUACACUGUGGCGCUGAAGAGCAAGGACGCAGCCGAGAGGAAAAUGAGUGCUGGAAACACGGGGAUUGGUGACAAAUCCGGGCCCGAACGCAUUAUGAACAGUUCUCUGGGACAUUUCUUCAAGCAGAGGAGUGCUGUCAACAAGAUGCUGGGCAACUGGAGGAACAUGAUCUCCAGUGUCCCCUCCAGACAGAUACGCAGGCUCCACAGGCAGCAGGCCCUCUACUCCCCGGAGCAGUUCCUGCCUCGUCUGGGCGGCGUGCCGGUGGAGUACGACAACCUGACCCUGGAUCUGUUCAUGCUGGGCUACUUUCACAUCCUGGAGUUGGAGCUGCCGGUGGACGAACGCAAAAUGAGGCACCUGCUGUGUUUUGAGGUGUUCGACCACGUGGGGAGCUUUCCCUGGGAGCUGGUCAGGGACUUCCACAAGGCCGUCAUACAGGACAUCGAGGCCGGGAACCGCGAGUGGAAGGACGGCUUCGAGGACAUUAAAGUGAAGUUCUUCGGUAACGCUGUGAGUCAGUCGGAAAGCACAGUUGAGGUGGUGAAACACAGCCUCCCGGAGGUUAGACAGGUCCCUAAAGUCAUCGUGCAGACACCCACGCCUGAUGAGGGGGUGCUCCACUGUGGAACUGACAUCACCAGUUUCAGCAACGAAGAAAUCUGUAAAUACAUCGACCGAAGCUUUGCUUUUUGGAAAGAGAAGGAGGCAGAGAUUUUUGAUUUUGAGUAGAUGCUGGUGUCAUCCUUUUGAUAUUUUUGUAUUGUUUGUAGUUAGAUGUCAUUAGGGCUGGGUAUCAAACCUAAAAUAUGUUUGAAUUGAAGUGGUGAUUGUCAACUACAAAAUACCGAAAGCUAGCGCAGCCAGAUUCUCAGCCUUGUUUACUUAUUUGAUCAGAUGUUGCCUGAUUUGAAUUAGAAUUUUGUUAAUUUUAUACUGUAUUUAAUUGUGUUAAAACAUUCAACUUUAAUGCAUUUCAGAUGUUUGGACUUAGUUGAUAAGUUUUGAAAAGAUUUUAUAAAAUUUUGUACAGCGAUAUAAGACAUUCAGUAGAUAUUUUGGUAUUAUUUUUCAAACUCAGGUAUAAACUUGGCAGCAAAUUUCAUAGCAUACCCAGCCCUAUUACAAAAUCCAGAGUGCCUAGACUACUCGUGUGUUUUCUGAGUCAACGUCUUUGUUUUGAGAUUUUUUUUUAUGUGGUAAGAAAGCAGUUAAUUGUUAAUAAUCAUAAUACAGCAUGGAAUCCAAUAUCUGGCAGAAAUAGGACCAGUUCUGGCGUUAUCACAAAAUAAAUAAUUACACAGA